ACCCUGGCACCCCCAACCCCACCAAGCUUUUCGUUGGCUGUAUCUGCCCUGGUAACUAACUGGUCCUCUCCCAAUGCUUUGCUACGCAGAUGCAGCUCACACCAGGCCCCUUGGAGCCCUGUCUGCACUAGCCGUUCCUGGUGCGGAUAGCAACAGAUGGCGAUGUCCCUAAAAUGCUGGUGUAAAGUAGGCCUGUGCCUCAAUUUCUUUCCGUCUGUGAAAUGUGUGCAACAAUGCUUGCCUGUUUUGAAGGGGCGGGAAAGAGUUGUUUGUGAUUUCAUUGGAAGUCGUAAUAACCCCUAGCCCUUAUUUAGUGCUUUUCAGCACCAGAUCUCAAAGCACUUUACAAAGGAGGCCAGUCUCAUUAUCCCCAUCUUGUAGAUGGGGAAACUGAGGCACAGGGAGGGGGAGUGACUUACCCGAGGACACAACUAGCAUGCUAGUGGAAGAGCUGGGAAUAGAAUUUAGGUCUCUGGAGACCCAGCCCCUUGUUCUGUCCACUAGCUAAUGGUGCAGAGUGUGGCAGAAUUGCAAAGUACCGUGGACCUGAAAAGCCUGAGCACUUUCCUUCAGAUCUCUGCUCGCACCUGGGCGUUGGCUCCAUCCCAGUGUGAUCAUUGGGAUGUCGUGCUCCCUGCAGUUAGACUCCUCAGUGAGCAUUGGGUGGUUACGACCUUGGGUUUACGUCUCGGAGAGAGACACUGUCUUAUCACCUGCUACGAUCGCUGACGCAGCUUCUUGCCCGGGCUGGGUGCCGGGGAGGAGGUCAAAGGUGCAUGUUGCAGUCGAUCACACCACUGAGUUCCUGUUUUCGUGGCAGUAGCAAGGUGAGCCCAUCUCCUCUCCCUGCCGGUAGCCUUGGCAUGUUUCAGCUGUUGGCACUCAGCGUCUUCCUCCCUCUGAAACAUCUCCCAGCCCCGGCGCAGAAACACUUUGCUUUCAGCGCCGUCAAGUUUUCACAAGCGAUGAAGAAAGACUUGCUGUGGGUGUGACAGCAACAACGUUGGCUGCACGUCCUUUGCUCUGCAAACCUCACACCUCUGCACCACCCGCCCCCCGAGAGCACUUUCUCCCACUGCCGCAGAGGAGACGCGAAUGCGCUCAGGGAAGGAGCGGGGUAUAUAAGUAAGAGCGGAAAUGCCCCCUGACAGAAGCAGUGGGGCGACGACGUCUGCAGACGACUCAGCGUGGCAGCAGCAUGAAGGCAGAUCGGAAAUUGCUCUUCCUGGUGCUGCUGUUCCUCCCCAUUGGGAAGGCUGCAGGCCAGCUCCCGUCUUUGAUCAUUGGGGGACGUGUCGCAUUGCCUCACUCCAGGCCCUACAUGGUGUCUAUCCAGCUCAAAGGCAUUCCCUCCUGCGGGGGAACCCUAGUCCACGCGCGCUGGGUGCUGACGGCUGCGCACUGCUACGUCGACCCGCGUAAGGGUUCCAUCAGGGUGCUGGUGGGUCUCCAUCGGCAGACUGUGAGAAAUGCCCAAGUGCAGGUCUUCACUGUCGUGAAGUUUGUCCCGCAUCCUUCCUACAACAGCAAGACCAUGGUACAUGAUAUCAUGCUGCUCAAGCUGGACAGGAAGGUGGCUUGGAACAAGGAGACGAGCCUUCUCCCGCUGUCCAAGAAGAAGCCGGCCCUGGGGACGCUGUGCAGCGUGGCUGGCUGGGGGAUUUUCAGACAAAACAGCGAGUAUUCCCCCGUCCUGCGCGAACUCAACGUCAAGGUGAUGGACAGCAAGAUGUGCAACAACAGCCGGUACUGGCAUGGCAAGGUCACCGGUGCCAUGAUGUGCAUCGAAGGGGUCGAGAAGGGCUCUGCCCCCUGCAAGGGUGAUUCCGGGGGCCCUGUGGUGUGUGGCAAGAAAGCGGAGGUGGCCGGCGUGCUCUCCUUCGCGGGCAAAAGCUGUAUCGACGUGUUCAAACCGCCCGUCGCAACGGCGGUCUUUAAAUACAAGAGGUGGAUCAAAAAAUAUCUACGUUAGGGCCAAGCCCUGUGACUGCAUCAUCUGUAAGCUUGCCUGUCCAUCUCCCCUUCCCUGUAUUGACCCCUAGUGGCUGCCCAGGUUAGAGAUCAGCUCACUCACCCAGCCGCAUGUGCCUCAGCCAUCCAUCUGGGCACUGCUGGUUCAAACCCCUGCAAGCGCCCCCCCCCCCCCGCAUACUUGUUCUCUUAUAGAGGCUUCAGCUCUGUCCUUCUCCCUCUCGGGCCUGGCAUGCAAACUGUCUGCCUGCGUCCCUACAUCACGCUUCCUGCUGCUGAUUUCAAAUAAAGUGAAACCUCGUCCGGUCCGGUCUGGGGUGUGUGUGCGCACGCCUUGGGGGCAUCACGUUGUGGGUGCACUGGCUCCACCUGAUACCACAGCCGUGUCUUGUAACUAAGCUAAAGCCUUGGCCAGACCAACUCGCUCUUGGAAAUUGGAACUGGGGUAAGGGACAGCUGGGUGGUGAGCAGCUUCCCUGCCCUGAGCGGCACUUGCUGUCUCCUGUAGUGAUUACAGAGCGGAAGGAGCCUCUAAACAUUCCCCACAUCACCUCCCCGGUGGGGGGGAGCAUCUGCACUCCCUGGGAAGCCCAGCUAGCCCUCGAGAGGUGCUGCACCACCCCGGUGUACUGUAUGUGGGACUAGAGCUGGGUUCAAAGCUGAGGUUUUCCCAGCUCCGUGCCUGGUCUCUCUGGCCAGAGUAUCCGAGUGCCUGACCACAGCCAUGGUGUGAGAGGUUAGUAUUAUCCCUGUUUUAUGGCUGGGGAAACUGAGGCAUGGAAAGCGGGGGCGGGUCUGUGUUAAAGUUGGAAAUUAAACCCAGAUCUUCAAGCCUGUGCCUUAACCCUAAGUCCACCCUUUCCCUGGUGAGCAAGAUGCUGUGCCUGUGAAUCGCCGCCAACUCAAGCCAGCUGGGGAACCAACCAGCUCUGUAUAUUAAAUGAAAACCCCUC